GCAAAUAGAAUAGCAUUUCCUUUUAUGACGAGGCAAUUUCGGGAGAACGGUGAGAUAACAGUCGAGACAACAUUUUAAUUUUUUAUAAGAUUCAGAAGCUACGGAAAAUAAGUUAAAUUGUAGAAAAAACAUGCCAAAAGAAAAAUCAACGAGGGCGAAAAAGAAGAAGGGAGGUGAUGUUAUGAGAAAGGGGCGAACAAAUAAAAAUGUUGAAGGACCAGUUGAAUUUCAAGAGCAGACGACAAUGGAGACAUCAAGAAAUAACGGAUUUGAGGGAGAAAUGGAUGUAUCACCCAGAGAUGAACCAUCGGGAUUCCGCAUGGAGAAUUCCAGGGAAACCAUUCGAGAACAACAGGUAUGGGUAGUGGGCUCAUCAAUAGUCAAAAGAGCAUUUUUAGCAGCUAGAAUCAGACCAGAUGGAGUUAACUUGGGACUAAUGGAUAGAUUAAAUGUGUCUAUUUGGUGGCAAGGAAAAGGGGGUAUGGGCUGGUAUGAAAUGUACAACAAGAUCAAAACAUUGCUGAAAGUUGCUGACCCUCCUGAUUACAUUAUUCUACAUUGUGGUGGUAAUAAUAUUGGGUACACACCAAUCAAACAGCUUAUACAAGAUAUGAAAGGUACAAUUGACAAAAUUUGGAAACUUUUACCCAAUACAAAGCUUGUAUGGUCACAAAUAUUGCCUAGAAAGAACUGGUAUUCAUCAGAUAGCAUAGAAAAAAUGAAUAAUUCUGCAAAAAGAAUCAACAGUUCAGUGGCGGCUUAUAUAGUAAGGAAUGGGGGAUGUUAUAUCAAGUAUUUGGAUAUCAAACUUGUAAACACAAAUCUUUUUGAGGCAGAUGGGGUCCAUAUAUCAAAUAUAGGCAAUGAAAUUUUUCUCAACAACAUUAGUGCAGGGUUAGAACAAUUUAUAACGAAUGGAUGGCAAGUGUAUCCAAAGUUAUACUAGAAUUUGGACGGGGUAUUUUGUGGCAAGGUCUUGGCUCCAGGAACUAGCCGC